GAGCCGCGGCGUGGCUCUGCCGAGUGUCUGGAGCCCGGGCUGAGCACACAAACUGAUAAAUAGGGAAAGGCAAAGGCCUGUGGGCUCCAGCUGCAGCAGAGCUGGGAGAGGAGCUGUGCCUGGAGAGAGGAGCUCCCUGCAGCCACCGUUGCUGUUUGAAGGCUGCUCCCAGAGCAGAGUGGAUGAAGCAGUGCAGCUGGGAGCAGAGCAUGGCCAACACCUUUGUCACCGUCCCUGAUGGGUACGGCCUGCCCGAGCCCCUCCAGUACUAUGAUGUUUUACCGGAGCACAUCAACUACCCGCUGCAGGACGCGGAUUUCCAGGCUGGCCCGUACUGCCAGUACUCGGCGGUGCCGGUGCCAGCGCUGCAGCCGCAGCCCGGCCCGGCCCCGUACGGGCCCUACAGCCUGGAGCCGCCCUACGGCGACGGGCCCUGCGUGGGCAGCAGCUGCGAGCUCAGCAAGGGCCCCUUCCCGGCUCCCCACGGGGAGGACGGGGCGUUCCAGGCGCUCAAGAGGCCGCGGUUGAGCCCGGCGGUGAGGCUGAAGGGGCAGGAGGAGCUGUGCGUGGUGUGCGGGGACAAGGCCUCGGGCUAUCACUACAACGCGCUGACCUGCGAGGGCUGCAAAGGCUUCUUCCGGCGCAGCAUCACCAAGAAGGCGGUGUACCGCUGCAAGAGCGGGGGGCACUGCGAGAUGGACAUGUACAUGAGGAGGAAGUGCCAGGAGUGCCGCCUCAAGAAGUGCAGAGCUGUGGGAAUGCUGGCAGAGUGUUUGCUGACUGAAGUCCAGUGCAAGUCAAAGCGACUCAGGAAGAAUUUCAAGCAGAAGAGCAGUUUCCUUUGCAACAUAAAGCUGGAAGAUGAGGGACUGAAUAGUAAGCAAGUAUCAUCUACAACAAGAUCUGGAAAAAUAUCAGAAAAGAUGGAACUUACUCCAGGAGAACAUCAGCUUCUUGACCACAUUGUAGCAGCUCACCAAAAAUACACAAUUCCCCUUGAGGAAGCCAAGAAGUUUCUACAGGAAACUGCAAGCCCUGAGGAGAGUUUCCUCCACUUGUCUGAGACAGCUGUUGUCCAUGUCCAGGUGUUGGUGGAUUUCACAAAAAGACUCCCAGGGUUUGAGAGUUUAGCCAGUGAGGACCAGAUUGCUCUGCUGAAAGGGUCCACAGUGGAGGCAAUGUUCUUGAGAUCAGCCCAAAUUUACAACCAAAGAAUGAGCGAGUGCCAGCCAUCAACCAGUGAAAGUCAUGUAAGACUUUCUGAUCACGGGCCAUGUUGUCAUGUUCAAAACCUUGAUAAAAACAAUAUUUAUUCCAUGGAAAUGUGUCAUAAUAAAGAGAGGCCAACUUCUACUACUACCACAGGCAUAACUGAGGAGUUCAUCACCGCCCUAUUCUACUUCUACAGAACCAUGGGGGAACUCAAAGUGACCGAGACCGAGUACGCUCUGCUCGUAGCAACAACAGUGUUCUUUUCAGACCGCCCGCUGCUGAGGGACAAGCGCCACGUGGAGGAGCUGCAGGAGCCGCUGCUGGGGAUCCUGUACAAGCACUCGAAGCUGCAGCACCCGCGGGACCCGCAGCGCUUCGCGCGGCUUCUGGGGCGCCUCACGGAGCUGCGUUCGCUCCGCCAUGCCCACGCGGGGGCGCUGCGCGCGCGGGACCCGCGCCUGGCCGCGCCGCUGCGCGACCUCUGGGACCUCCACUAG